AUGGAUCCUGGUAAGCCUGGAGUCGUGGUGAAGAACACCUUCUUGGAGGUUGGAGAUCAUAUGCCUGCCUUGUCGGAAUGGCGUCGGCAAAUGUCAGAGCCUGUCAAGAUCUAUACCAGCCCGAAUGACGAGGAGGUUGAGGAAGACGACGCUGAGGUGCCCGAAGAGAUGCCACCGCUACCUUUCGCCAUGACGCCGCCCUCGACAUCAUCCACGCAUCCCGGGCAUCCAGGGCAUCCUGUGCCAGGCCAAAUGCCGACGAUGAUGCCAGGGGCUAUGCCCCCUGGAGCUCUGGGUGCCGCACCCUGCUUCGAGGCAGCCCCCCAGCCCAUGAUGCCACGACAGGGCGUUCGAGAGCAGGGCAGAAGGGAUAUUCGAAAUGGUCAAGCCAUAAAUCAGUUGAAAAACAACGACAUCACCAGCAAGGAGCCUCCUUGGAAUGAUGUCACCACUGUGAUGAUGCGAAACUUGCCCAACAAGUACAGACAGCAGAUGCUCCUAGAUGAGCUUGCUGAUGCUGGUUUCCGUGCACAGACCGAUUUCGAUUUCUUUUAUCUUCCGAUGGACCACAGUAAUGCUGCAAAUCUGGGCUAUUGUUUCAUUAACUUCACGGAACCUGCUCUGGCAAAUGCAUUUGCGGCAGCGUUCCAGGGCAAAAAGAUGCGACGAUUCAACUCGCACAAGACCGUGGUUGUGAUGCCUGCGUCGAUUCAGGGAUAUGAACGAAACUACAAGUACUACUCCUCCACCCGAGUGGCACAGGCAGAGGACCCAGCUUACCGGCCCUUGUUCCUCAAGAACAUGGACUUCGACAUGUCGCAGGACAGGAAAUCCUCUGGUCGAGGCAAAGGCUUCGACAAAGGUGGCAAAGGUGGCAAGAAGGGUUCGAAGGAGAAGGGUGGACCCAAGGGAGCCCACGACGGCAAGGGUGUUGAGGCAUUUUCUCGCUUGGCUUUCAUGGGCCUGGAUGAUGGAAAUGCUCAGCAGGGAGACUGGGCUCCCAUGCCGGAGCAGAUGGCCUGGCAGCAGCAGCCUGCCAUGCAAGCUCCGUUCGCCGCACCCUGUGGCGGUGGAGGUGGAGGUGGAGGGCGAAGCGGCGCCACAGUUACAUGCCCCAACUGUGGCAACAUCUGUAGCGCCGACCACAGAUUCUGCUCGGCCUGCGGGCACCCUGCCGGGACCCUUCCUGGUCAUAGGCAACCACAUCUGACACUAGAGUCACUAGAGUUGCUGGCUCAGGUCCCAAAGGGUGGUGGAGGCGGGGCAAAAAAUGGAUGGGGAUGGGUGAGGUACUGCACCAGUGAAGUUUUUGCGCUGCUUUGCGGCACGGCACCAUUGCCUGAAGGCUCGACGAACGCGACAAUGCCUACCAUGCCUAGAGCGGCACCGACCGCAGGACCUGGUCAUGAUUUCAUGCAGUGCGCACCGUGCAGAGCAUUGGCUCGCAAAGAAAUAUUCAGACAUUCUGUGCAAACUGGUUCAACACCAUGUUUCACUCUGGAACCCUGCGUUCGUUGUCAGCUCAACACGGCAGUCAGUAAGGCCAUGGCUAGAGUUCUCAAUCUGAGUUCGAGGCUAUCUAAUCUUUGGAACUCGUGUGAUGAUGCCAUGGCUCUUGCCGAGUAA